UGAUGCAUUGUAUUAAUCGUUACUUCUAGCAUAUUUUCUUCACUUAAUAUUAUCUUUUAUUUUAAAAUUUUUCUAAUGAAUAUUCAACCUCCAUUAUCCAAUGUGGUUUUCGAAGAAGGGAUUGCAAAUUUUUCUAUUUUCCUGUACAGUGCACUAGAAAGAAAAGGAAAUGAAUUCAUAUCACCAUACAGUAUCACGUCUGCUAUGUUAUUACUAGUUUUAGGAACCGGAACCACGACAAAAUAUGAAAUGGAGACUGCCAUUUUUGAAUAUGAGGAACCAGAUGAUGUCAACCGAGGAUACAAACUUCUUAAUGACAAACUAUCGACCAGAACAGCACCGGGCGUUACAUUUGCUAUUGCUAAUAAGUUAUACGCUAGUCAGGGCUUAAAUCUUUUAAACACGUUCUCUACAAAGGCAUCAACAAUCUAUGGUAGUGUCGUUGAACGCUUGGAUUUUGUUAAAAAUACGGAAAAUUCACGAGUGACAAUAAAUAAUUGGAUUUCCGCAAAUACAAACAACAAAAUUAAAGAUAUGAUUCCGAAAAAUGUUCUUAAUAAAGAUACAUUACUUGUUCUGGCCAACGCUAUUUACUUUAAAGGGACAUGGAAAACAGAAUUUAACAAGAAUGACACGAGACAAAGAAACUUUUUCGUCAGCACAAACGAGCAAACACUUGUACAAAUGAUGUAUGGUGAGUUUGAUGCAAAGUCUGGCGAAGACCUUGAUCUUGACUGCAAGAUUUUACAACUUCCAUACAAAGGAAACAAGAUAUCUAUGGCAUUUAUUUUGCCAAAUUCUGGUGAUGGACUAACCGAACUGGAAAAUAUACUUACCAAUAACGAUUUAACGACACUUGUAAGCGGUUUAAAGACACAGAAAACACUAAUUCGAAUUCCUAAAUUUACAAUGCAACGUGAGUACGAUUUGAAACCUAUUUUUUCAGUGUUAGGAAUUACGGAAAUAUUUGAUCCAAUGAUUGCAGAUUUUAGUGAAAUGGUUCAAUCUGAUGCACACAUGAGUGAUGCGCGUCAUAAAGCUUAUAUUGAGGUCAACGAAGAGGGGAGCGAGGCAGCAGCAGCCACUACGGUCACUAUACAAGUGAGAUCAAACAUAAGUCCCAAACCAAAGCCAUUCCAGUUCGUAGCAGAUCAUCCUUUUUUGUUUUUGAUUCAGGAUGACGAAACAGGAAUACCGCUGUUCAUUGGAAGAUUUACCAGGCCAUAGUUUAACACGUCUUUUAUUACAACAUAUAAAUUGUAACAUUAUUCAACAAAUAUAUAUUCUUUUUUCUGUUACGUAUACUGAUAAUAGUUCUUUUUUUACUCAUGUAAUCAUCUUUUCAUAAUAAACGUGACAUUUUA